GGGGAAGGAAGCAGGCUCGGACGGCCGUCUCCUAGCAACCGGCCAACGCUAGGAGCAUGGCGGCGGACAGAGGCAUCAAGCCCGCGUUUACUUUCAGGCAUCUGAGCAACAAGAAGAUGAACUUCAUGCAGGAGAGAAAAAACAGCGAUCUUCUGGCGAAAUGGUCAAUGCAGGGUAGGAUCAUAGUCCAAGCUUUCAGUUUUGAUGAGUACUUUCAGCCUUAUGAUAAAGAUACAUUUAUACAGGCAUUUUUCAAGGAUCUCAAUGUUGUGGCCAAUCUUAAAAUGAUCUCGCCUUCAACUUGUGAAUGGACAACUCUAGCAGGAGUAGAAGUUAAGAAAGUAGAAGCAGAGGAAAUUCCCUGCAAGCAAGUUUCAAUGUCGUUUUUUGACUGUUUGUACACUAAUGAGAUUGUACGAGAAACGGGGCACAUUAAUAAAUGUCUGGAUGAAUUCUAUGAGGAUUUUGUUAUUGCUGAUCGGCUUCGACAGGUAUUACUGUUGGAAGACUCUGACAAUUAUCAAAUAUUCAGUGAUACAGAACGCAAGGAAUUUAUCUUCCGCCUCUUCAAACAUUUCUGCUUGGGGGGAAUGCUCUGUCAAUUUGAAGAUACAAUUGACUCUUAUCUAGAAAUCACCAAGGAAGUUUACAAGGAAAUAGUCAGUGUACAGAAAGAUCCUGAAACUAAAGGAAUACGUGUCAUCUCUACAGUGUGGAAGGUUACUGCUAGUGAUGAUUAUGGCACAUGUUAUCCUUCCACCAAGAAGCAUGAACAGACUUUUGCUUAUUUGAUCGUGGAUCCCAUAAAGCGUCAUGUACAUGUACUAUACCACUGCUUUGGAGGAAGGUUAUUCUGCAAUUAAUGGUGUACCUUUGGUGAAAUAUGAGUACAGAUUGAUAAUUUAGCUGAGGAUGCUCUAAGAAGACAGUAGUAUGAGUAGAAAAACAAAGGAUUAAUUUUACAAAAUUUGAAACUUUCAUUCUUUCUAAUUAUAAUUGGAAUUUUCAGUAAAGUGAAGUGACAACGCAUUCAAAGAAUCCUGCAAGCACAGUUGUUAAUUUUGUCCAGUUUUCUUAGUCUAUCUUUUUUCAUGUUUUUUACAAUAAUUUUUAAAAUAUAUAAUCUGGAAUACUGUACUUUAGUAAUUAUAGGUAUGCUGGAACUAUUUUUUCUGCUCUUAUUAUGUAAAUAUAACUCAGAUUUACUCUUCAAGACUUUCAACAUGAUUGAUAUAUUUUGUGUCUUUGUUAUCACAUCAAUUUGCAUUUAUUGCUUAAUAAAGGUAUAAGAAAUAGAUGUGAAUUUUGCAUGCCUGCAUUAAUUUAGAUUUUUGAACCUUAUUUUAAUAAGUUUGCUUUAGUUUAGUUUAGAGAUACAGCACGGAAAGAGGCCCUUGCAGCCCACCGGGUCCGCGCCAACCAGCGAUCCCCGCACAUUAACACUAUCCUAUACCCAUUAUGGACAAUUUUUAUAUUUACCAAGCCAAUUAACCUACGUACCUGUACGUCUUUGGAGUGUGGGAGGAAACCGAAGAUCUCGGAGAAAAUCCACGCAGGUCACGGGGAGAAUGUAUAAACUCCUUACAGACAGCACCCAUAGUCAGGAUCGAACCUGGGUCUCCGGGAUCUGAAUUCGCUGUAAGGCAGCAACUUACCGCUGCGCCACCGUGCAGCCUAAGCUUAUGUACACUAAGUGAAGUGCAAAGUUUAUAUUGGAACUGAAUCCACACUAGUUUGAUAACAGGUAGGAAACCAAGAGGCUUUAUUAAUGAUUUGUAAGAUGUUUUCUAACCAACCACUGUAUUAAUGAAAUAGGUUGAAUGUAUGUGAUGACAAUAAAAAUAGCUCAAUUUCAGCUCCAGCAUUUUAAAAGUAAUUCCAAACUCAACUAUGAUGGUUCAGAAAUUAGGUGUAAAAAGAGAGAAAACAACAUGACCUCUUGAUUCAAUGACCUCUAACUGGGCAUCAUUCUUAUAGUACCAUGGCAAUAUGUGGCCUGCUGCCAGGAGAUAAGAUAGUUUCCACACAUAUGAACAAAACACAGUAUGAUUGCCUAAGUGGGUCAGGAAAGAUGAGUACAGCAGCACAACCAUCUACACCCAGAUAUCUGUAUUGUUCCAACUCACUCAACUGUCCAUAGGCGCAUAACAGUCCAACAUUCAAGUAGCUGUCCAGAGGCCCCUUAAUUGAUGUUCCUGUUCCUGCCUCCAACACUUGCAGUUCAUUCCAUAUACCAACGAAUCUUUGUGUGAAAAAUGUACCCUUCAGAUUCUCUUAAACUUCCCUCCCAUCUUAAAACUAUACCCUCUAGUUUUAGACACCUCUACAAGGGACAACUGACACUGGCUAUCUGUCUUGGCUGGUUAGCAUGCAACAAAAGCCUUUUACUUCCUAUAUUCAUCUUCCUAUAGAGUGGUGGCUGGAGUUGCUCACAAUACUUCAGUUUUACAUAACUGCAAUAUGGCGUUCAAUUAAAUGUUCUACUUAUACUCAAUGUUCAGCUCAAAAAGAUAUGCUUCUUCACCACCCUGUCUCCUUUAUCAUGGAAAUUUAUACGUAUCUACAGGUCACUGUUCAACAACACUCCCAGGCUCCUGCUAUUCAUUGUAUAUGUCUUGCCCUGGUUCAACUUCCUAAAAUGCAUCAUUCCAUAUUUGUAGAGUUCAUUUCCAUCUGCCAUUCCUUGCUUCUUUUCUCAGUUGAGUUAUAUCCAGUUGUGACCUUAGUCAACCUUCUUUACUGUCUAUUAUAGCAUAAAGAUUGGUAUCGUCUGCAAAUUUACUAAUCAUGCCACCUACAUUCACACCCAGAUCAUUAAUAACAUGAUCUAGACAAAUAACAAAGAUCCCAGCACUGAUUACUGUGGCACCACUGGUCUCAGACCUCUGAUCUGAGAAACAACCCUCCACUAAUGUCCUCUGACUCCUGCCACCAAGCCAAUGUUGUAUCUAGUUGUCUAGCUCACCUUGGAUCCCAUGUGUUCUAAAUUUCUGGACCAGCCUACCAUAUGGGGCCUAGCCAAAAACAUUGCUAAAGUCCAUGUAGACAGCAUCUACCACUCACCCCGCAUUAAUCCUCUUGGUCAUCUCUUUAAAAAACUAAAUUUUUGAUACAUGAUUUCCCACACAACAAAGCCAUGCUGACUAUCCCUAACGAGGCCUUGCCUUUCCAAAUGGAACUAAAUCUUGUCCCUCAGAAUCCCUUCCAAUAACCUUCCCAGCACUGAUAUAAAGCUAACUGAUCAGCAUUUCCCUGGUUUAUUCUGACUCAUUAACAUCAGUGAUAUUAAUUACAAAUUGUUUUAAAUGCAGUAUAUACAGUAUCAUUUCAGGGUUGGUGACAUGAAAGGAGUAAAAUGUUAUUGGGGAACUAACAAGAAAAAAACCGUAUACAUUCUAUAGAGAUGUAAGUGCGUGUCCUUGCGAACUAUCUCACAUGUUUAUGGUAUGGUAUUAAGAAAAUAAAGCUAGAAUUACAGACUUGAAAAACAAAUGUUAAUCUUUGUUUUUGAUAAGCAGGAAA